ACCUGACAGAUAUCCGGUGGAGCCCUCCUGGUAAUCCGGCUUGGGGAGGGGCAGGUGUGUGGUUUGGGCGUGUGCGCUGAGUUAGAGGACUAUGGAGCUGAAACUGUGGCUGGUGUUAGUGCUGCUAUUUGGUACUGCUGUAGCCCAUGCUGAAGAUGAAGAUGAAGACGAUGAUGAUACAGAUAUUGUUGAAGACGAAGAUGACGAAAACUCAGUAGAAAGCAAGACAGAGCCAAGCUCCCCACCACCACCCAAGGUCACGUACAGAGCCCCUGUUCCAAUUGGAAUUGUGAAUUUUGCAGAGUCGUUUGAUAAAGGGAUGCUGGAAGGUUGGAUUGUUUCCAAAGCUAAAAAAGAUGAUGCUGAUGAAGACAUUGCAAAAUAUGACGGAAAGUGGGAGGUGGAAGAAAUGAAGAACACUAAACUUUAUGGAGACAAGGGACUGGUUCUUAAAUCUCGAGCAAAGCAUCAUGCAAUUUCAGCUUUGCUGGAUCAACCAUUCAUAUUUGACAGCAAGCCAUUAAUUAUCCAAUAUGAAGUGAAUUUUCAGAAUGGUAUUGAAUGUGGAGGGGCAUAUAUUAAGCUGCUUUCAAAAACCAAAGACCUAGUUCUGGAAAAGUUUUAUGACAAAACGUCAUACACCAUCAUGUUUGGCCCUGACAAGUGUGGAGAAGAUUACAAACUCCACUUCAUAUUCAGACACAAGAAUCCCAAAACUGGAAAGUACGAGGAGAAACACGCAAAGCGUUCAGACGUGGACCUCAAAAGCUAUUAUACUGACAAGAAGACUCAUUUGUACUCACUAGUGCUUAACCCUGACAACUCCUUUCAAGUUUUGAUUGACCAAACUGUGGUCAACAGUGGCAACCUUCUUGAAGACAUGACUCCUCCUGUCAAUCCUCCAAAAGAGAUCGAAGAUCCAGAUGACCAGAAACCCGAAGACUGGGAUGAAAGACCUAAAAUUCCUGACCCCAAUGCAGUCAAACCUGAUGACUGGGAUGAGGAUGCUCCUGCUAAAAUUCCUGAUGAAAAUGCUGUCAAGCCUGAAGGCUGGCUUGAUUCUGAACCUGAAUAUGUGCCUGAUCCUGAUGCAGAAAAACCAGAUGACUGGGAUGAAGAAAUGGAUGGUGCGUGGGAGGCUCCACAAAUAGCAAAUCCCUUGUGUGAAAGUGCUCCUGGAUGUGGGCCUUGGAAAGUUCCGAUGAUUGAUAACCCAGAUUACAAGGGUAAAUGGAAGGCUCCAAUGAUUGAUAACCCCAACUACCAGGGAGUCUGGAAACCAAGGAAGAUUUCCAACCCAGACUAUUUUGAGGACUUGCACCCAUUCAAGAUGACUCCUAUCAGUGCAAUUGGUCUGGAGCUGUGGUCAAUGUCAUCUGAUAUCUUCUUUGACAACUUUAUUGUUUGCUCUGACAAGGCGGUGGUUGACCAGUGGGCGAGUGAUGGCUGGGGUCUGAAGAGAACAGCUGAGGGGAGUGCCGAGUCGGGAGUAGUUGGACAGUUGAUGUCAGCAGCUGAGGAACGCCCGUGGCUUUGGAUUGUCUACAUCCUCAUCAUUGCCUUACCUGUGUUCCUGGUCAUAGUAUUCUGCUGUACUGGAAAGAAAGAUGCUGCUGCUGAAUACAAGAAGACUGAUGCCCCACAGCCUGAUGUGAAAGGGGAAGAGGAAGAAGACCAGAAGGAGGAUGAGGAGCUGAAAAAGGAGGAGGAAGGAGAAGAAAAGACAAAUGAAGAGAAACAAAAGAGUGAUACGGAGGAUGCUACAGAAAAUGCAAACCAGGAGGAGGAGGAGGAGGAGGGGGAGGAGGAAGAGGAUGAUCAGGUGGAGCAGAGAAAGGAGAAAGGGGCACCAGAGAAGUCAAGUGCUGAGCAGGUUGAAAAGAAAGAUGACUCAAGUACAAAUUGAAAACAAUGGGAAGAGUGAGCUGUUUCCUGUCAUAAUUUUGUUUGGGCAACACUUGCGAUUUCUAAAGAGAGACCAUCUUCACUGGAUUUACAGAGUUGAACUUUUAGAGGAUUUCGUGAGAUAAUUGUUGUGUGCAAAAGAAAACCCUACACAUCAUACUGACCAAACACUAAAUAGACCAGGUUAUUGUACAUUUUCAGCAAGGACUGUAAUCUAAAUUGAAAUGUACUUUAUAUAUAAAAGAUAUAUAUUAUAUUUAGCAAAACAAUUCCUGCUCAUUGGUACAAGUCCUCUAAAUUCUUAAAUUAUUAAACUAGUGCCUGGUAAUCUUCAAUUGGAUUUUAGACUUACUAAAUUAAAGUCAAAAUGCUCAGUGUAGGUAGACCCAACAUGGAAGCAAGACGAGUCUUGUAAAUAAGGCAAACUGAUGGGAUGGGGCCUGUAUACCAUCAGUGCUUUUGUUGGCUUUAAGUACAAACUUUCCUGGAUUGGCAAAUAAAUCAUUUCCCCAAAACUCAUUGAACAAAUUUCUGUAUUUGGCAAAAUGUCAUAAACCUUCUAGUUUUUUUUAUCUUGAGGCUCUCUUUUGAGGUGGAAUGAGUGUGGAAGUGAGCGGGAAUAGUUUCUGUUGUACAUCAUAAUUUAUCUCGAACUUUUCCUGCUGUGUCUCAUGGGGAGCAAAAAAAACUUAGCUUUUUAACAAUACUCACCCAAACUAACUCUGCAGUUUUCACGUUGCUGUCUCCCAUUCUUCUGCCUUAAAUAAAGGAAAUAGUAAUUUUUUUAAACGAUCACUUUCCAAGUUGAUAGCUGAGCAAAUGACCAGUGAGGUAGAUGAGGGGAAAGCUCUAGCACAAUUUAGGUUUUUCUGUAGGUUUAAUUUUCCUACUUUUUCCACUCUUCCUUCCUAUCGAUACCCAAUUGGCUCACUACUACAAUUUGUGUCUAAAAGAUUUUCCCCAUAAAUUGAUAUUUUUGCAGCUUGCUGUUUGUGGAUUUUGUUCUUUCAUCUUUUCCAAAUACCUAUUUCCUUGACUCUGUUGAAAUAAAAACUUAUAUCAUUGUUAAUGUUACUUUGUCUAUUUUGGCACCCUACCUGCCCAUAAACUUACAGAAUUAGGUUGGUUAGGAACUAAAAACCCUGCAAUCUCUUGAAGUGUACUUUUGAAACAGAUCUAAUAUCCUAAAACACUUUGCUUUCUGACCUACUGAUUUGUAUAUUUUCAGUGAGAUGUGAUAGUAAUGGCUGCAAAUAAAUGCUGUUUUAUAGGAUAAUUUUAAAAUCCUGACUUCCUUUUUUAAGCACAUGGUAGUCAGUGGCCAAUUGUAAUGUUGCACCACAACUGGACUCGCGCAAGCAUUGGAAUCUCACUUAUCCAAAGGGAGGGUAGAAAGCUUGCAGAUGGGAACUUUUAAUUACUUUCCAAGCAUGUCCAGGAUGAUUUCAAUUCAUAUUGGCUCACUAUAUAGCUGAGCUGGUUAGUUGUUAAGGUAAAGACAUUUCUGCUAAUUCUCCACACUGUCCAAAUGCAGCUCCUUUUCUUGGCAAUGUGUUGGCACUGAUAGCUUUUGCUUAGAGCUGCAUGACCUUUUUGCUAAGCUAUGCACAUGGCCAUUGGUCAAGUAAUUGACAAGAGGGUGUGAUUGAGCUUGAGAGCAUAAUCCUUCCUGUUGUACUGCCUUUUGAAGUUUGAAUUGAGGUAUAUUUUGGAUGGUUGUGGAGUUAUUGCUCAUGGAAUCUAAUGUGUGCUGUAAUUGCUCAAAUAAUACAUGACUAAUUUCAAAUGGUAAUGUGUUCCAAAUGUCAAUGGUGAGUUUGAACACAUUAUUACUUAAUCAUUGAUUCUCUGAUAUUAUAACCUUUAACUCUAGCCGUUGAUUUCUUCUGAAUUAUGCCUGUGUGGGCUUUACCUGGUUAAAUGUUUAGUUCCACAUUUGGGCCUUUGAUAAUUAUGCAAACAAAGCAAGACAAUAGGUAUACUUUACACAUCAUUGAGUAGGAAGGGAUCAAAUAAAACUCCAGUCCUCAGUGUAGGGGUUUUAUUUUUUAAGGGAACUAUUUUCCAUUGUCCUGAAUGUUUGCUUUUUGUGGAAAUCUUUAAUCUUUGAAGCACUGUACAAGGCAGAAGAGAGUUUAGAGAAGGAGCCAACAAUGAGAAAGCACUGAAAGUAUCUAUCAAACUUGCAGUAUUUAUCUUGUAGUACUGUUAGGUGUGAGUAUAUUUAAUCCCAUAGCAACUGAUGUCAUUUUCAUUGACUAUAUUGUACUCUUGUCUUUAGUCAGUUUCUUUACAUGUCAUAGGGCAGACCUGUGCCUCAGUGACAUCUCUCAAAUAGCAAAUAGAUGAAUGACCAGUUAAUGUUUUCUUUACUGUAACAGAAAAAGAUCCAAAUUCAGUGACACCACAACCAAGCAACCAAUUUAGUAAGGUGGUUCUUGUAACUCAUGUCAUGAAAAAAAACUGUACUAAAAUUUUUUUCCUCUGUAUUUUGGGAGAUAAACCCAUCCAGAUCUUGUACCCAUUUUCUCACAAACAUAAUUUUAAGUGUUGCUAGUGACAGUAAAAUUGCACUUGUACAUGAUUUGUUCUGCUAUACCUUGGAAUUGGAAUCAUUUUUUUAGUUGGAUGGUUAAGUUUGAUUGGAGCAAUUUCCCUUCAACAACCCCACACCGCCUUCCCAAAAAAAAGUGUACUGAAAUAAUUCCUUAAUGGGUGUAGGACAAAGGCUCUCUAAGUGCAAAUCAAAGUGACCAUCUCAUUCUGAAAGCAGUGCAAAUCCUCAGACACUGAUUUGGAUCCCCUCAAAUUUUUUGGUAUUAAUCUUUUGGAUAAAAAUAAUAGAUCUGCUAUACUUUAUUUUUGGAUAAACCCUAAUUAGCACAGCAAGCAAGAAGGCCAUAAUAUGUAAUAUAAAUAAAUUUGAUGGCAGGUUUGUGGGAGAGUCAGUACUUGUAAAUGGAUGUGCAUACACAAAUCUACAAAGAAGGCUGCAUAAUGCCCUGCCAAAACAAACUCUGUGGUCUUUGUGCUCCUUAACGUUUUCUGCUAGCCAUGUUCUCUUGCACUGAAUUCGCAAAUAUUUUCUUGCUGCUAUUGCUGUUGAACCGAUUUUUGAUUUUGAAGAAGUGUAUGAAGGUACAUUGACAGGAUGACUGUGUAGCCAGUGCCCCUGAUCCAUCUCUCUUUCUCCCACCAACCCCCCAAAAAAACAACUCUUGGCUGGGCUUCCUAAAUAUUCUAACUUCCUAAUUUGAUUCAAUUUUGUUUGUUUGCUUUAUUGAACUUUUUUUUGGAUGAAGCUUAUUAAAUGAGUUACUGCAUGUGAGCUCUCAUUUUUGAUGGGAUAAUCCAGUUGAAGUGGGAACACUGCACUGCCACAAUUUAUUGGAAUACUGAUGUGUUUUGUUUUCAGUUGAGAAAAUAUGGCAAAUGUGGCCUUUUUCUAGUUGCAGUGUGCUUGCAAUAAGAAGCCUCUGGAGCCUACUCAAGAUUUUGUGUAGAAUAACAAAACAAAAAUCCAUGGUCGACUCAGGACCCCAGCUGAGAAUCUUGCUGGCUUUUCCGGAAUGUGAUGAGCAACGCAACCAUGUUAUUUUUCUUCCCUGUCCCUGAUGUAAAGCUUUUAUAAGAACCUUGAUUCCCUUGAGGGUGGUGUGCUAAUCACCAUGGCAGUAGCUAACUGUGGUAGAAAUGAAAGUUUGUAAUGGUAACCAAACCAUCUUUCUGCUAUUGCAGCCUGUAGCAGAGUAUCAACAGGCACUGGUGCUUUCCAAUUAAUGUAUGUCCAAGUAAUAAUUACAGAAGGAAAUUGUUGACAGUGGUACAGUAACAAGAUAAUUUUAUUCCUUGUUUUUGCUAUGAUUAUGCUUUUUGCAUACUAACAUGUUGUAAGAGAAGUCCUUUGUUCCUGUGCUGGUAGAUUUAUCAGUAAGUUUCAAGUGACAAAUUGACCAUUCUAGUUAAUACUGCUCCAACCCAUUGCCAGUCAAAGACUCACCCAAACAUCCAAGUGGGGAAAAUUUCACUGAAGUAAAUUUAAGUUGUUAUUAAAAUAUGCUGACUGAUUUUUAACUUAUCCUGUUAUUAAAUGUUCACUUAAUGUUAUGUUGUGCUCUGAUGUUCAAUGUUUUGUUUAAAAAAAGCUCACUUUGCCAUCUUUUAAAUGGUCUUCACCCUGUUCAGAGAAUGACCUUCGAGUAGUCUAGACACACUCUUAACCAAUUGAUUUGUAGGUAGCACAUAAAGGACCUGUCUUUCAACAGAGAUACUCCUGAGCUUUAAAGAGCUGAUUUGUGUAGAGAAUUUGGAGUGUCAAACAACAUUGACUUGACUCCACCUGGGGUCAAAUUGUUUAAGUACUUCUCUUCCAGAAAUGUAAAUGCAAAAUUGUGAAAAUUGUUUCCUGCAACUUAAAAAGCAAAAAUUAAAA